GGUCUCCUUCCUCAGACAACACAGAGAGAGAUGUCGUGGUUGUGCUCUUGCUGCGCUGCCUCCACUUGCGGCCUCUGCUCCUCCGUCGCCUCCGGGAUUUCCAGCAAAUCCGCCAGACUCGGCUACUGUGGACUCUUCGGGCUUUCCUUGGUCGUCACUUGGAUUCUAAGAGAAGUUGGAGCUCCUCUCCUGGAGAAAAUCCCAUGGAUAAGCUCUUCGGAGACUCACACCAAGGCAUGGUAUCAAACACAAGCAGUUCUUCGGGUCAGCAUGGGGAAUUUCUUGUUUUUUGCGAUACUUGCGCUUAUAAUGAUUGGUGUGAAGGAUAGAAAUGACCGGCGAGAUGGGUGGCAUCAUGGUGGAUGGAUUGCCAAGAUGGUCAUCUGGCUUUUACUUAUCAUUCUCAUGUUUUUCCUUCCAGACAUAGUUAUCACCAUCUACGGAGAUCUAUCAAAAUUUGGGGCAGGCCUGUUUUUACUGGUUCAAGUGAUUAUCUUGCUAGACUUUACUCACUCCUGGAAUGAUGCAUGGGUAGAGAAAGAUGAACAAAAAUGGUAUAUCGCUUUGCUUGCUGUAUCGAUUGGAUGCUAUAUUGCAGCAUUUGCAUUCUCAGGCAUUCUGUUCAUUUGGUUCAACCCCUCUGGCAAUGACUGUGGCCUUAAUGUCUUCUUCAUUGUCAUGACCAUGGUUCUUGCAUUUGCAUUUGCAGUGAUUGCAUUACACCCAACGGUGAAUGGCAGCCUCCUUCCUGCUUCGGUGAUAUCAGUUUAUAGUGCUUAUGUGUGCUACACGGCUCUUUCCAGUGAGCCUCGUGACUAUGCUUGCAAUGGUCUUCACCACUCCAGCGCGGUCUCUGUAGGUACUCUUCUUCUUGGGAUGGCGACGACCAUUCUUUCAGUUCUGUACUCUGCAUUGCGUGCUGGAUCUUCAACAACUUUUCUGUCACCACCGUCUUCACCCAGGGCAGCUGAAAAGAAACCUCUUCUUGAGGGGAAAGAGUUGGAAGAAGGGAAAGACAAGAAUGAAAAAGAAGCAAAACCUGUCAGCUAUUCCUAUACAUUUUUCCACCUGAUAUUUGCCUUGGCUAGCAUGUAUUCAGCCAUGCUUCUUUCGGGUUGGACCAACUCAGCUGAGAGCUCAGACCUUAUAGACGUUGGCUGGACAUCAGUUUGGGUCCGAAUCUGUACAGAGUGGGUUACUGCUGCACUAUACGUUUGGUCUCUUGUGGCUCCUUUACUUUUCCCAGAUCGUGAGUUCUAGGUUCCUCAUUCAUUUAGUUCUAUAGGUUCCUAGAAAUCUCAGAAUCUUGGUUAUUUACCUGUGGAUUACAAAUUUUAUCAUUGUGUAGUAUCUUACUAGCUUUCUAGAUAGUCAUGGUUGGGAAAGAGUUGGAAGAAGGGAAUUUUCGAUAUAUGGUCUCCUGGUAGUCUCAAGUAUGUAAGUUGCUGUUGUGUAUAUAUGGAGCGAAAAUUGCAAUAAAAACUAAAAUGAUAUCUCCAAGUGAAAUUUUUUAGUUGUGUGA